CGCCAAGCUCAAUCCAUUACCUUCUACUUCCCUCUGCGAAUUUUAUAUUCCUUUUUUACUUUUCACUCAGUCUCGUCUACUACUGCUAUGGCAGAACGAUCCACCGCCGACACCUCCUCCGCCAGCGAUGCUCCUCCGCCCUCGCUGGCGCCGGCUUCCUCGCCGAAGAGCUGGGCCGACGAAGCAGACGAAGAAACCAACGCAACGCCGAGCUCCGAGACAGCAACCUCGUCGCUCAACGUCGACGGAUUAACGAUCGACGAGAACAAGAAGCCUUCUCCAAAGUUCUUGGACGAGCCUGAAGACUCCAACAUCCAAGCGGUUUCGUCCGGCGACACUCCGUACACGUCAGCUACCACCUUCGAAGAAUUGAAUCUCUCAACGGAGCUUUUGAAGGGACUGUACGUGGAGAUGAAGUUCCAGAAACCUAGUAAGAUCCAAGCCAUAACCUUGCCUAUGAUCUUGAAUCCUCCGAAUAGGGAUUUGAUCGCACAGGCGCAUAACGGUUCCGGAAAAACCACGUGUUUCGUUCUUGGUAUGCUUAGUCGAGUUGAUCCAAAGUUGCAGGCUCCUCAAGCUUUCUGCAUUUGCCCAACCAGGGAGUUGGCUAUUCAGAAUACUGAAGUUCUCCGAAAGAUGGGAAAGUACACGGGGAUUAGCUCAGAAUGUGCUAUACCAGCAGACAGUAGAGAUGCUUUGCCGAUAGCGAAACGGGCACCGAUUAUGGCUCAAGUGGUUAUUGGGACCCCUGGCACGAUUAAUAAGUGGAUGAAUUAUAAGAAACUUGGGGUGACAAGGUUGAAGAUUCUUGUUUUUGAUGAGGCUGAUCAAAUGCUUGCUGAGGAUGGAUUUAAAGAUGAUUCCCUGAGGAUAAUGAAAGGAAUAGAAAAAUUCAAUUCUAACUGUCAGGUUCUUCUGUUUUCUGCUACAUUCAAUGACAUUGUCAAGAAUUUUGUUUCGAGGACAGUUAAGCAGGAUCAUAAUAAACUUUUUGUGAAGAAAGAAGAACUAUCUUUAGAUGCUGUAAAGCAAUAUAAAGUGUAUUGUCCUGAUGAACUCUCUAAGAUCGAAGUGAUAAAAGAUUACAUACUCGAAAUAGGAGAGAAUGUGGGGCAAACUAUAAUAUUUGUGCGCACAAGAAAUAGUGCAAAAAUGUUACAUAAAUCACUUGUUGAUUUGGGCUACGAGGUUACUUCUAUACAAGGCGCUCUUGGGAAUGAAGAGAGAGACAAGGUUGUCAAGGAAUUCAGAGAUGGUUUGACUCAGGUUCUUAUAUCAACUGAUGUUCUUGCCCGUGGCUUUGAUCAGCAACAGGUUAAUCUGGUUAUCAACUAUGAUCUUCCAGUGAAAUAUACUGCUGAGUAUACCCGUGAACCUGAGCCUGAUUAUGAAAUUUAUUUGCAUAGGGUUGGUAGGGCUGGACGUUUCGGGCGCAAGGGGGCUGUAUUUAACCUGAUAUGUGAUCAAAGGGAUGAAAAGAUCAUGUCCAAGAUUGAGAACCAUUUUGGCACCCAUGUUUCUGAGGUGCAAGAAAAAAGUGUUGAAAACUAUAAAGGGGCUCUUAAAGAGGCCGGAUUACUGAGGUGAAUUGGCCGAAGUUGAAGGAUAUUGAUAACUGUGUUUGCCUCCAAAAUGUGCUUGGAUCUGGCUAAGGAUUUUGAUCAUAUCCAUGAAUGCUUUUAAUUUUUUACACGGACAGAUGAUGAUCAUGGUUUUAGUUGUGGAGAUGAAGACUUCCUGUUCAGUAUUUGUUUUUUAUGUUACAGUGGUGAUUUUUCUCUGUAAAUUGGAUAUCAGGUUGUAAUGGGGAUAAUUUGUAAUGAGUCGGUUUAUUUUUUCGUUGUAGUACUGUAACCACCUUUGAAAAAUCCUUUUUGAUCUUGUGGUAUAACGUUAUUACCCGACGGCAGCUUUUAGAGAAUGAAUUCUGGAGCCCUCCUGCCUUCAGCUUGGUAAUAGGACAAAGAAGCAUAAGUGUUCCUUGGCUAGCAACAUAGCUUCUUCGGUGGUGUACAAGUCUGUUGAGGUCUCGGUCUAUAGAUUUUUCUCCUUCUAUUCAUUCUUCCUGCCGAAAUCCAAAAAUACUAAGCGAGAAAAGAUUCAAUUUUUUUCAAGCAGUUUCUUGGUAUAUAAACUAGUGAAGUAUGGUCCAUGAAUGUAUGGCUGUAAAUCUCAUCCCCAAGUCCAAGUUGGAAGGAUAUUUCCAUUUUCGUACGUUAGCAAAUAUCAGCAGCUUUGAGUACUUUUUAAGUUUUAUGAUUUAUUCAUUGGAUCUAUAAGCCAAAUCAAGGGUAUGAGAAGAGAUUUGGUGGUUACUUUCAAGUUUCAAGUGUCAUUAAUGGUCAUUAUUCAUCACCGAACAUCAAUAACAAGCAUACUUACAGU